AAUAUCCUUAGGAAGAGAGCGUAUGAAAUUGAGGAUUGCGGAUAUUUAUACAUGUAUGUAUACAUAGUUGACAAUGUUGUUAAAGGUAGAUAAAAGUUUAUUAAUGUUGUCAAUGUACAUUUGUAGGUUGUACUUUAUAAUGGCACCAAAGAGGAACUUGCGACGUCAACCGAAGAAGGGAGUUAAGAAGGUGGAAAGUAAGAGACGCGGUGGUAGCACAGCAGCAGCACCCGACUCUAAGCGUCAACGUACUACUAGGCAGAAAUCCAAAUCUGAGACGGAAAGCACCAAACUUCGAGGGCACGUUCCACUUUCCUCUCCCCCAUCUGAUAUGCCCAUCGAUGCUCCAAAGGAACGGAUGUUGCAGGAUGCCGAUAUAAAUAAAGGUAGGGCACAUUCAUUCGGGAAUCCAAUAGGGGUGAACAAAGUAAUUACAAGUGUCCUCACAAGUGAACAGCUCGAAAAGUAUAGACAAACAUGUUUUGGACACUUACUUGACAUGAAGAACCUCCGGUUCUCUGGUCAGUUAGUGCAUCACCUGCUUUGCAGACAAGUUGAGUCCAACAAUCCAGAAGUACUGGAGUUUAACUUCGGCGGAUCUGUAGUGCGGUUUACGAAGUGGGAAUUCGCACUCAUUAGUGGGUUAAAGUUUUGUAGGUACCCUUCGAUGUAUGAUAUGCAAAUUUCCAAAGGAAAUGAGCUGUGUAGGAGGUUGCUAGAUGACAGGAGUGACUUGAAACCGCCCGAACUGGAACGACUAUUCAAGGAUACACUUUUUGUGGAUGAUUGGGAUGCUGUUAGAAUUGCGUUACUAUAUUUCUUAGUUCAUGGUGUACUCGGAAUGGAUCCGAAGGUUCAAAUAAAAAAAAAAUUCAUUGAUUUGGUUGCUGAUCUCGACGUAUUUAAUUCCUACCCUUGGGGCAUUCUGAGCUACAAGGAGACGAUCAACUCAUUCCACAAUGCAUUCCAGCAACGAGGACGAGGACGUGCAGUAAAGAAUAUAUCACAGUAUUAUGACCUAAAAGGUUUUCCAUUGGUGUUUCAGGUACGGUAAUAUAUUUAAUACAUGUAGCGUUUACUUAAAAUUUAUAUUUAAUAACCUAUAAUUUGUAUUUUGUAGGUGUGGGGGUUUGAAGCAAUCCCUGAUUUUGGUAACCAAUUUGCCGACCAGUUGGAAACCCGUUGUCCGAGGAUCCUUGGAUGGCAUACUCCAAGGCAACCGAACCAUUUUGCUGUCCAUAAUUGGUUCUCCUCCAAUAGCAAUGUAAGGCAAAUUUUGUUUAGACUACAUGGUACGACUACAUUCAAGUUACAUUACCAUAGUCAGUUUCCAAAUUUACUUUUUUUUCCUUUCUUCAUUGCAUGUAGU